UUCAUAGUAAGGAUCUUAAACCCCUUACUUAACACACAUCCAUUACUCCUAACACUACUACUAAAAACAAUGUCUCAAAUAACACUUGGUCGUUAUCUUUUUGAAAGAUUGAACCAACUCAAGGUUCAAACUAUUUUCGGUCUUCCUGGUGAUUUCAACUUGUCUCUUUUAGAUAAGAUCUAUGAAGUCGAUGGAAUGAAAUGGGCUGGUAAUGCCAACGAAUUGAACGCUGCCUAUGCUGCUGAUGGUUACUCCCGUGUCAAGGGUUUAGCUUGUCUUGUCACCACUUUUGGGGUUGGUGAACUUUCUGCCUUGAAUGGUGUUGCUGGUUCCUAUGCUGAACACGUUGGUUUAUUGCACGUUGUUGGUGUCCCAUCUAUUUCAUCUCAAGCCAAGCAAUUGUUGUUACAUCACACUCUUGGUAACGGUGAUUUUACCGUUUUCCACAGAAUGUCCAACAACAUUUCUCAAACCACUGCAUUCCUUUCUGACAUCAAUACUGCCCCAGCUGAAAUUGAUAGAUGUAUUAGAGAUGCUUGGAUCUAUCAAAGACCAGUUUAUGUUGGUCUCCCAGCUAACUUGGUUGAUUUGAACAUCCCAGCUUCUCUUUUGGACACCCCAAUUGAUCUUUCUCUUAGACCAAACGAUCCAGAAGCUCAAGAUGAAGUCAUUGAUUCUGUUUUGACCAUGAUCAAAGAUUCCCAAAGACCAGUUAUCCUUGUUGAUGCAUGUGCCUCUAGACACUCUUGUAAGAAGGAAGUUGAACAAUUGGUUGAUUUAACCCAAUUCCCAGUAUACACCACACCAAUGGGUAAGUCUGGUAUUUCCGAACAACAUCCAAGAUUUGGUGGUGUUUAUGUGGGUACCUUAUCCUCUCCAGAAGUUAGAGAAGCGGUUGAAUCAUCUGAUCUCGUCUUAUCUAUCGGUGGGUUGAUGUCUGAUUUCAACACUGGUUCUUUCUCAUACUCUUACAAGACUAAGAAUGUCGUUGAAUUCCACUCUGACUACACCAAGAUUAGACAAGCCACCUUCCCAGGUGUUCAAAUGAAGGAAGCUCUUCAAAACUUGUUGACCAAGGUUCAACCAGCUUCCUCCGGUUACACCCCAACACCAGUUCCUCAAGUCAAAUUACUGAACAUCCCAACUCCAUCUGAUACUCUUUUAACUCAAGAAUGGUUAUGGACUAAGGUUUCCUCUUGGUUCAGAGAAGGUGAUAUCAUCAUUACCGAAACUGGUACCUCUGCCUUUGGUAUUGUACAAUCCAAGUUCCCAAACAACACCAUUGGUAUUUCUCAAGUCUUGUGGGGUUCCAUUGGUUUCACUGUUGGUGCUACUUUAGGUGCUGUCAUGGCUGCUGAAGAAAUUGAUCCAAACAAGAGAGUUAUUUUGUUUAUUGGUGAUGGUUCCUUACAAUUGACCGUGCAAGAAAUCUCAACCAUGAUCAAAUGGGAAACUAAGCCAUACUUGUUUGUAUUGAAUAACGAUGGUUACACCAUUGAAAGAUUGAUUCACGGUAUGAAUGCCACCUACAAUGACAUUCAACCAUGGAACAACUUGGCCUUGUUGCCAUUGUUCAAUGCUAAGGAUUACGAUGCCAUUAGAGUCAGAACUACCGGUGAAGUUGAUCAAUUGUUUGCCGAUGAAGCCUUUAACAAGAACUCCAAGAUUAGAAUGAUUGAAGUUAUGUUGCCAAGAAUGGAUGCUCCAUUGAACUUGGUCAAACAAGCUGAAGUUACUGCUAGAACCAAUGCUGAAAAUUAAAUAAAUGGGAAGAUUAUAAUAGAGAUGAAUAAUAUGAAAUAAUAGAAU